GUCCAGAGCUGGGGAGAUCAAAGUCUGCAGUUGAAGCUGUAGAUUGUCCAAGCCGCAGCUUCGGGCCCCCUUCUCUUCCCCUGACUUUCUCCAGGAGAGAAUGCCCCUGUGAUCGCCCACUGGAGAAUGGGUAGUUGCCAUCGCCCCAACAACCUGCCAGGGCCUGCUCUCUGGGCCGAUCAUGAUGGAACACUUUGGCUACGGGACCGAGUCUCAGUACAAGUGGGGAAACUCCAGGAGGUAGACAGAGACCUCAUCACCAAGGCCAUUGCCGUGCUAAAACACCUCCUCACCGGCAUGGACAGGCAGAGCGCCAGCCGCGCGGCUGUGCAAGUGGCUGAGCAACUCCUGCCAUUGUUUGAUGAUGUGUCCAGCAAGCUCCAGGUGCUCUCCAUCACUCUCUUUAAAGACCUGCUGGAGCUUGUAAGGGGGCCCAACCGGAGGCAGAUGAAGGAGCAUGUGCUCCAGAGCCUGAUCCCACUGCUCCUCCUUGUGCAUGAUGAGCGUCCCAACGUAUCCCAGACCUCAAAGGCUUGCAGCAGGACAGCAAGUCCACAGUCUGAUGCCUGGCUUCUCAGACCAUCUUCAUCCUGGAGGCCUUCAAGAUCCAGCCUCCAGCCUGCUGCAGCCUAUGGACAUUUGUCCAUAGGAUGACCACAAUGUGCACUGCGGAGAGCCCGGUCAUUGAAGCUGCCCAGCUGCCCUAGCUCUGGGAAAAGCCAGCCUCCCUUCUCUGGGGGCUUUUGGCAUCAGACCCCGCCUGGAGCAAGGUGGAACACUUCGUGCCAGACCAUGACUUCUUCCCCAUUGGCUUCCUGCCCUGUCCAGUCACCAGGUACAGCGCCAAAAAUGUACACGACUGGAAAUGGGAACGGAGGGUAGAACAUAAACCCUACACCAGGUGUGGGAACAUGUCAAAAAGUACAUGUUGAAUAAAGCUAUUGAGCAGAUAACUAGUCAUGUGCUCCCCCUCCCCUCCCGGUACAUAGCAAU